AAUGGCAAAUCCUCAGUCGGUUACGGAGGUACCUAUUUUGUUUGUUGUUUAGUUUGUCUGUCAAAUUCCGUGUUUGGUCGGUGCAAUAAUAAUAAAAAAAAAACAUUUUCCGUUGUACUUACAGGAAACGUACGAUUCUUAAAAGUGCGGCUUAAAUUUUAUUGUUCUUUUAAUGGCGUAGGUUCAUUAAACCUACAAAACAAAUGAACGUCAUAACUGUUAUUGUCCAUUGAAAAUGGUAGUGAAAUCACAAUUGUGACGUAUGUUGAAUGACGUUCUAGCCCACAUUUUAUAGCUGUUUUACUGCAGUUGUACCUGUCGGGGGAAAAUGCCUCCUCCAGGAGAAGACGUCGUCAGGAAGCGAACACCAGCAGAUUUCGUCUUCGGCAAAGUUAUAGGAGAAGGCAGUUUUAGUACGGUUUAUCUUGCCAAAGAUGUGCAUACGAACAAAGAAUUCGCAAUCAAAGUCCUGGAGAAGCGGCACAUAAUUCGAGAGAAGAAGACAGAGUACGUGAACAGAGAAAAAAAAGUUCUACAAAUUUUAGGAAGUUCCUGUAAAUACUUUGUCCAUUUAUAUUAUACAUUUCAAGACACCGAUCGCUUAUAUUUUGUACUAACAUACGCCAAAAAUGGAGAAUUGCUCCAGCAGAUCAACAAGGACACCAGCUUUAAUCUGGAAUGCACCAAGUAUUACUCUGCCGAAUUAGUUCUUGCUCUAGAAUAUCUGAAUCUUAAAGGAAUUGUACAUAGGGAUUUGAAACCGGAAAAUGUAUUAUUUGAUGAAAAUUGGCACAUCCUGAUUACCGACUUCGGCAGCGCUAAAAUUCUAGGGGAAGAUAAAUCCUCCGACGAAGAGAAUCAAAAGAGACGUAAAUACAGUUUUGUAGGAACUGCCCAAUACGUCAGUCCCGAAAUUCUAAACGACGCCGAAUCAACCUGCGCUUCAGAUUUGUGGGCUCUCGGGUGCAUUAUAUAUCAAAUGUUGACUGGCCAAAUGCCGUUCCGUGGUGCUAGCGAAUAUCUAAUUUUUCAGAAAAUUCUGAAACUCGACUAUGAUUUUCCUCAGGGGUUUCACAAGGUGGCUAAAGAUUUAAUCGAAAAAUUUCUAGUUAUUACUCCUAGUAAUAGGCUGGGGGCAACUGACGAGACACCGUACAAAAGUAUACGAGAACACGAAUUCUUCAAAGAUGUUAACUGGGAUGAUUUGGGGCCUCCACCGAAGUUUUUCACUAAAGAGGAUAGCGAAAGCGACGGGUCGAUCAUACCAGACCAUUUAGAACCCGGUUUAGACGAAGAAAAAGCCUCUAGAUUGCAUUUCGAAAUGCUAUCACCUCAACAACCACCCACUAGAAAAAAAUCAGAACCAAAUAGAAAAAUCACCGAUCUUAGUAAAGAAGAAGUUGCGGAGAGACUGGAACAACAAAGAAGUAACACUUAUCAUCAGUUUGUAGAGGGUAAUUUAAUACUUAAACAAGGAAUUAUUGAAAAAAAGAAGGGGAUUUUUCCCAGACGGCGAAUGCUAUUGCUCACACUAGGGCCUCAUUUAUAUUACGUAGAUCCAGUUACUAUGACCCUUAAAGGCGAGAUACCGUGGAGCGAAGAUCUAAAAAGUGAGCCUAGAAAUUUCAAGAAGUUUUUUGUUCACACGCCAAAUCGCAUCUACUACCUAGAGGACCCCGAAGGAUACGCUUUGGAGUGGUGUAAAGCAAUAGACGAAGUGAAGGCCCACUAUUAUCCACUACAACAAUCAUAGAUGAAUUGUAGACUAAUCAAUCAAAUUUUUAAUUUUAUUGUAUUUAUUUAUAUUUUAUUUAAAUUAUUUGUUAGCUUAGCGAAAUUAUUAAUCUGUAGCAGAUCGUCUUAUUUAAUAUAUUGUUUCCCUUUUACUUUACUAAUUGUUUAAAUUUUAUAUUUUUGUGUAAUAAAUGUGGUGAGACUAGUGA